GGAUUAUGGAUUAUUGAUUGCCAGCAGGUAAUUGCCAGUCGAAAAAAACCGCCCGGCAAUUCUUUCGGCCUUUCCAGCCCAUUCGCUCCCCGCAUUUUGGUUGGCGAGAGGGAGCAGCAGCGCGCACACCAGCGAGGAGGGCGGAUGAGUCACUGGCAGGCUCCGUGGCUGCGGCGCCUUUGUCGCGGUCCCUCGUCGUCUUUUCGUCCCCGCCGACAACUUCUUCCUUUUCGCGUUCCCCCCACUUCCACUUGCGCUCGAAGCCUUCCCCCCGUCUUCCACCCCCGUUCCUUCUCGUCCUCGCCCCUCGCUGCCAGGCACCAUCUGCAAUCCUCCGGACAAAAAAAGAAGUCGUCAAAAAUGGCUUCCGUCACCACCAAGACCGGCCAGGUCGUCGACCGGUCUGUCUUGGACUCUAUGCUGCGCCGCCGUCUCUUCUACACCCCCUCCUUCGAGAUCUACGGCGGUGUUUCCGGUCUCUACGAUUAUGGCCCGCCCGGUUGCGCCGUCCUGAACAACAUUGUCGAUCUGUGGCGCAAGCAUUUCGUCCUGGAGGAGGACAUGCUCGAGGUCGACUGCUCUAUGCUGACCCCGCACGAGAUCCUUAAGACCAGUGGCCACGUUGACAAGUUCGCCGACUGGAUGUGCAAGGACCCCAAGACCGGCGAGAUCUUCCGCGCGGACCACCUGGUGGAGGAAGUGCUUGAAAGCCGCCUCAAGGGUGACAAGGAGGCCCGUGGCCAGAAGGUUGAGGUGGACGAGGAGAAGGAGGCCAAGAAGAAGAAGAAGGUCAAGCAGACCAAGGUGGUCAAGCUGGAUGACGCUGUCGUCAAGGAGUACGAGGAGAUUCUGGCCCAGAUCGACAACUUCGACGGUCCCGCCCUUGAGAAGAUCAUCACCAAGUACGACAUCCGCAACCCCACCACCGAUGGCAACCUCCUGCCCCCCGUGGCCUUCAACCUGAUGUUCCAGACCUCCAUCGGACCCAGCAGUAACAUGCCCGGCUACCUGCGCCCGGAGACCGCCCAGGGACAGUUCCUCAACUUCCAGAAGCUGCUAGAGUUCAACCAGCAGUCCAUGCCAUUCGCCUCCGCCUCCAUCGGCAAGUCGUUCCGGAAUGAGAUCUCCCCCCGUGCCGGUCUGCUGCGUGUGCGUGAGUUCUUGAUGGCUGAGAUCGAGCACUUCGUCGACCCUGAGGGUGGCAAGAAGCAUACUCGCUUCGAGGAGGUCAAGGACGUCGAGAUGACUCUGCUCAACCGUGACAUCCAGCUGUCUGGUAGCACCAAGACGGAGCAGAUGACCAUCGGCAAGGCGGUUGAGACUGGCCUGGUGGACAAUGAGACCCUGGGUUACUUCCUGGCUCGUAUCCAGCAGUUUCUGUUCAAGCUGGGCGUGGACCCCAAGAAGCUGCGCUUCCGCCAACACAUGGCUAAUGAGAUGGCCCACUACGCCGCCGACUGCUGGGAUGCGGAAUUGCAGACCAGCUACGGCUGGAUCGAGUGCGUUGGCUGCGCCGACCGCAGUGCAUAUGAUUUGACCGUGCACAAGAACAAGACCGGCGCCCCUCUGGUCGUUCGUGAGACCCGGGCCGAGCCCCUCCGGGUCGAGGAGUGGCAGAUCGACCUUGACAAGAAGAAGUUCGGUCCCCGCUUCAAGAAGGACGGCAAGAGCGUGACUGCUGCCAUUGACGCGCUGUCCCAGGAGCUGCGGGAGAAGCUGGCGCUCGACCUGGAGCAGACCGGCAAGAUCGAGGUGGAGGUGGAGGGUGUCCCCUCCGGCAAGGUCGAGCUCGACAAGGAGCUGAUCAAGAUCGAAAAGCGCACCCGUGUGGAGAAUGUGCGCGAGUACACGCCUAAUGUUAUCGAGCCGUCCUUCGGUAUCGGUCGUAUCCUGUACAGCAUGAUUGAGCAGGUCUACUGGUCCCGUGAAGGCGAUGAGGCCCGUGGUGUUCUGUCUUUCCCCCCCGCGAUUGCCCCGACCAAGGUGCUGAUUGUCCCUCUGUCGACGCACUCGUCCUUCGCGCCUCUGGUGCAGCGCAUGACGACCAAGCUGCGCCGGAUGGGUGUGUCCAACCGGGUGGACGACUCGUCGGCCAGUAUCGGCAAGCGGUACGCGCGCAACGACGAGCUGGGCACGCCCUUCGGUGUGACGGUGGACUUCCAAUCGGUCAAGGACAACACGUUCACGCUGCGCGACCGCGACUCGACGAAGCAGGUGCGUGCCAGCGAGGACGAGAUUGCGCAGGCCAUCAAGGCCCUGGUGGAGGGCGAGGAGACAUGGGAGGACGUGCGCCAGCGCCUGCCGGAGUUCACCGGCCAGGAGGUGGAGUAAAGGAUGAAAGGAAUCUUCAAAAAAGUGUGCAUGUUAGAGACAAACCGAUCUCCGGCCAUAGACGGUCGCGCAAUAUACGGCGAGAAUGUUCUAGACGUA